AUGGAUUCCUUUUGUUCUUUGAAAACUCUUGCCAAACAGUGUCUUUCUAAGGAACAGUCUUAUUCCUUGACUGUCCGAGACAAUGAACAGAAACAGGUCUGUAGCAGUCUAUCAAGACAUCAAAAGAUAACCCAAAGCACCCUCACGACUACCCAAGGAAAAGACCCAAAGGACACGAAUAAGACUUCACUCUCUCUUUUGGUUUCACUUUCCGAGUGCUCUGAUCAACCAUCCUUUCUAUUGAACCAAUUCUCCAAAGCAAAUGUAUCCAAAGAAUCUUGCCAGUCCUGUCCACAUAGUCCCCUCCCAAACGACUCAUCUCCAACCGGAGUCUCCAGUGCCUCGGUUCAUUCGGACUUUUCAUGCCAAAACACACCACACAAUCGAUCGAACCCAAAAAACAAGAGCAAGAGAGAGACCAAGAAUCAUAAAAAGAAGACUAAAAACAACCACCGUACAAAAAAGGGUUCAGAAAACAAGUCUGAUUAUUGCCCUGAACAAUCCGAAUCUGCCAAACACAUCAUCAUCAUCAAGGACUCGAACACUAGUCUCGGAAACACUACCCAGCCUAGACCUCACAAACGAUCUAGAAAAGACAAACCUACAAAUAUAUCAGUCGAAAAUAUUAGCCAGAAACUAGAGAUGCUAUCUACACACCCCCCAAUUACCCAAUCAAUCAAACCUGACGAGAAAUCCCAGUGUAAUCCCAAGACUGAUGACAGAAAUAAUCCAAAGAGCCACAAGAGCCACAAGAGCCACAAGAUUCACACAUGUGGACAUCCGCCAGAAAAGGAUAAAAAAGAAACCGGCAAGCCAGACGUUGGUCUACAAAAGAAACAAAAAUUGUACAAGACAGAGUUGUGUCGCAACUGGGAAGAAAUUGGACAAUGCAGAUAUGAAGGAAAGUGCCAAUAUGCUCAUGGUGUCAAUGAUCUUCAUACUGUGGAGCGUCAUCCAAAAUACAAAACCCAGAUCUGUCGUACGUUCCACACCACGGGCACAUGUCCUUAUGGUAUCCGGUGUACCUUUCGACACCAUGAAGCCAGCAAGCCAGAUAAGAAGGCACCAGUUCUGUGUUUAGCACCAGUCGAGAAAGUCAUCCAACAGGGUUUGGACGAUAGACUGUCGGUAGAUCUUGGGUCCAGAAGUGUAUCUGGCAGUCUCGAUCAGCUCCUAGUCGAUGAUUGGAGCACGGAUGACAAUCUAAAAGAUAAAAUUCGCAGGGAUGUGAAUGUUUCUGAUGCUGAGGAGGAUAUAUACACACCCACCCUAUCACUCUCACACCCUUGCAAUCCAAACCUUAUUCCAAAUUCUAAUCUCGAGACCGAACUCGAGUUUGAAUUCAAGGACUGUAGUCUUGACUUUGGUAUUGACUUUGGCUAUGAUUGUGUACGACGUAUGACUGUUCCAGAGAUUACAUGUGGUGACGGGUGUUUUCUACCACGCGAUGCUGAGAGUCUCUUGCCUCAUGAGUUGGUGACUGAUCUUUCUUACCCGUGA